AACUCAGCCUCGCCCUCGAUCGAAAGCCAUCUUCGGCCUUCUUCCUUCCCUACACCGCUACCAACUCUAGCGACGAGCUCCAUGUCGGACGCACAGACCUUUCCAGAUUUCGACAACAAUUUCGACGACCAAUGGCAUAGGGCUGGCUUAGACCCAUCAGCUGAUCUGGGUAUCGGUCUGUCCGACUUGACUCCGGGUUGUCUAGUUACGCCAAAUCUGCCGUCCAACGCAUCCGCCUUUACUGAGGGUCUAGGCCUCUGUCUGGGAGGCUUGGACGGCAGGGCAGGCCGCGAGCCGUAUCGAACUCCAAGCUUCAGCAACGUUCAGCGACUUCUCCAGUUGUCUUGUACGCCAAUCAACCAAGCACAAGCACUCGUGCAAAGCGUCUGCGAUAGCAGCCCUCUGCGCAUUCAGGUUCCGCCAUCUGGAUCGAUGGCAUCGUUGGAGUUGACUCCGCCCUUGAGCACGUCAGGUCUGCAGCACUCUUCUCCUUCCACGAUCGGGUCAGGCUCACUGCCUGGCUCGACCCACUUCCUGACAAUGUCGCUGUCCGACGACGUGCCCGUUCCUGGCUACCAAGAAAAGUCAGAGGAUUGGGAGGUCGCUCUGAGCGCAGAGCAGGUGGAGCGCCACGCUCCAAAUCCAGUCGCAGCUGGACAAGGCUCCAUGCCCGGAAAUGUCGCGGCGGCGGCGGCCCACAUGGCGCAGAUGCCUUCCGUCCUCGCGCCGGCUCCUGCUGCGCCUGCCACAUACGUCCAACACGACGGCACGUCCCAACUCGUGGGAACUCCGGAAUGGUUGCUGGAAGGCGGCGUGCCCUCUUCGCGCCGGGGUCGAUCUCAGACCGAGACUACAGCUCGUCCCAUGCACCAGCUAGAGCACCCGUACACGGCCUUCAACGCCGGACCGAGCAGCUCUGCCGUGCAGCAACGUGCACUGUCCCAUGACGGAACGGCGAUUGACGCCCGCGCAAGUCGUUUCGGCAGCACGCAACCGCAUGGCUACUACCAUGUCGACGCACACUCACAAGCAGUACCUUUUAGUGCGCCGGCCCACCAAGCCAAUUUUGAGCAACUCCCAUCUUGGCCUCAACAAGAGCUGUACGAGCGCAGCUUCUCCGCUUCCGUGGAUCCCACGAUCCAAGCAAAUGCUGCCCAAUACGCUCCAGGACUUGCAGGCAGGAUUGGUAGCCAGAGCUUUCAGAGCUCUCGAGGAAGCAGCGGCCCUUCGGGCAUCCCUGACGGAUACGUCGCCAACUUUGUCCCGCACAGCGCUCCUCAACAGGGCUCGCCUCCGCUCGUCAAGAGUUUGUCGCUGCCCAAUGUCGGCGGUGCGAUGGUCUCGCAUGGCGCAGGGAGCAUGAGUCCGUCGGUGGGCCCCGCUCCUUCCGCAGAGUACGCCUUGGCAGAGCAGCAGCAGGCAGACUACUUGCAGGCAAUGCGCAUGCAGACUGGAGCGUAUAGACAGCCACAGACGCAAGCGUACCUGCCAGCAAGUCGACAGCAAGCUGGAGCGGCUUUCGCGCAGGGCUCUCAACCUGCAGCGAUGCCGCACCACCACGGUAACCAGCACGGCCCUGCUUCGAUGGCAUACUACGCAGCAACGAGCAAUGCGAUGCCGGCGUACGCCAGAGCUGCGCCCGUGGUGCACCACCACCACCACCAUCAGCAUAUGCCUCAUGCUGAAGGCUAUGGACAGUACAGCAGCGACAUGGUCCCGAGCGGAUCGACGACGUACACGUCUCAAGCUCCCAGUCCGCCAUUUGUCAACGUCGACGGCAGCGGUCACCACGCGCCCACCGGUCGUACCCUCAUGGCGUGCGGCCACUGCAAGCGGCGCAAGCUAAAGUGCGACGGUGGCUCCCCUUGCUCGUCUUGUCGCGCAAAGAACCAGGUGUGCGAGUAUCCAAAGGAUAUCAAGCGACGAGGCAAGGCCAAAAAGACGCUGCUGCGCGAGGCUGAGGAGGCUGCUGCAAAGUUGCGGGCUGAACAAGCCAUCGCUAUGGGUUACCAUUCAUCCCUCGGCUCCGCCAAUGGAUUGUACGAGAACCUCUCGUCGUACAGGCAGCUCUCUCCAUCCUCCAGCGGAUCCAAGCGAUCCAGAGAGGAGGACGAGUCGGAGUGGGACGCAAGCUUGAGCGGUCAGCACGAGCAGCAGGCGUCAAACGACACUGGGGCGUAUGCCAAUCGUGCCAGUAGCACGAGUCUUGCUUCGCGCAAGAAGCAGCGUACGCAGGACAACAUCAUUCCUCGAUGAAGCGUCGCCUUAAUUGAUGCUCGAGCUCUGCUGCAGGCACUGCACGUAUAGCUGCCAGAACGCGCCACGUAGCAACGCCCCCACCUCUUCUGUGGUCCCAUGCGCCCGACUCCUUAACGGACGCUAAACUUUCCUCGGCUUGG